UCGGACUCAAGGAGAGACGUUUCGGCCCAGAGAAAUGCAUCCUGGUGGUUGUAUUCCUUCCUUCCGUAAAGGCGGGCUGUGCAGUAUGGGUUAGGUAGUGAACCUCGUUCUUCAGUGCGUUGCGUGUCCGCUUCCACGCAACGUGCGUUGGAGAUUUCCUGGUCUCCGAAGGUACACGUUUCACCCGGCGAACCAGACACUUGGCCUAAUGGAGGCGUGAAGACAAACCUUGCUUUCUCAGGAGAUAAGUUGUUCAAAACUCAGUGCGCAGAGAACGAGGCUGUAGCAACCCGUUAUGAAGCGAGGCCUAAACGCUUCGAACCCGCCAACGCCAGGGAACCAUGAGCAGCAAAGUCUCCCAUGACACCCUCUACGAGAUGGUGCGGGAAGUCCUGCACCAGAACCAGCACAAGUGCAGGAAGUUUUUGGAGACUGUGGAGCUUCAGGUCAGUCUGAAGAACUAUGACCCUCAGAAGGACAAACGCUUCUCGGGCAUCAUCAGGCUUAAGUCCACUCCCUGCCCCAAGUUCUCCGUGUGUGUCUUGGGGGACCAGCAGCAUUGUCAGCAUUGUGAUGAGGCCAAGGCUGUGGAUAUCCCCCACAUGGACAUUGAGGUGCUGAAGAAACUCAACAAGAAUAAGAAACUGGUCAAGAAGCUGGCCAAGAAAUACGAAGCCUUUUUGGCUUCAGAGUCUCUGAUCAAGCAGAUCCCCCAAAUCCUGGGCCCAGGCCUGAACAAGGCUGACAAGCUCCCUUCCUUGCUGACCCACAAUGAGAACAUGGUGGCCAAAACUGAUGAAGUGAAGUCCACGAUCAAGUUCCAGAUGAAGAAGGUGCUGUGUCUGGCAGUGGCUGUUGGCCACGUGAAGAUGACAGAUGAUGAGCUUGUGUAUACAACAUCCACUUAGCUGUCAACUUCCUGGUGUCACUGCUCAAGAAAAAUUGGCAGAACAUCAGGGCCUUGUACAUUAAGAGCACCAUGGGCAAGCCCCAGCGUC